AUGGCCUCUUCCAAUACUGCCCCUUCGCACCCGAAGCCAACCCUUCCAAGAUUCACUAUUCCCUGUGGUGAUCACUUUCACUCGCGCGAACCCUCCCCCUCAUCUUGCGACACUCCAGACGGAUCUACAUCUAGCAGCAGCCGUCGCCCAUCCUUCGGUUCGAUCAAAGAGGACGUCGACGGCAUUGCGCAAUCAUUUGUAGACACUCACCACGUGCCCUCCCCCACGGAGCCAAAAGAGUCUCCCAAGCCCGAACCUCAAGAGAUGCAGCCCACACCCGACUUUUGUUGCCCAUGCGGUGGUUUCCUGGGAUGGAAGCAGAUUCGCCUCAGCGGUAAAAGUUUGAGUCGCAGCUUCGGGGAUCUCCGAGGACUGAACAACCUGCAAGGCAAAGGCUGGGCGUGGGAGACGACCGAAUCGGGACGAGAGUUGGUUCCUCCAAAAGCCCCGGAGGUAGUAGCGCCCCCUGCUGGAAUCCCGCCAGGAACAUCGGCUCUGGAGAAACUUCCCUCUGAAGUUUUGGAUCAAAUCAUCUCGAACUUGGCUCUCGAUAUUCCGCCGAAUGGAUACACCCCUCGCAAUGUCGACCUGGUUUCGUGCCUCCUGAGCUCACGCACUUUGCAUGCGGCAACUUUGAGUGUGCUUUACAGGAACAUGACCUUCCCCCACUCGAUCAUCUUUUCCAAGGCCCUCAGCCAUAUCUCAUCUUACCCAGCUCUCGGUACGCUAGUGCGCCGGUUGGAUUUCUCCCACUUCACCUCAGUGGGCCUAGGUCGGACUAAGCAGAUGAAUGCCGAGAUCCAGAACCUUACUUCGCGGACUCUCUUGCAGUGCUUGGACCUGUUGCCCAAUCUGAGGGAGUGUCUGCUGCAGGAACAUCUUGAGGGCGAUUUGAGCGUGGAUGUGGUUCGGAAGCUGUUUAUUGGCUUGCCAAUUCUGCAGGCCGUGGAUCUUUGCGGCUGUUCUACCCAAUCCUUCUCCUUGGUCUUCCAAGAGGCUCUGACCGGUGGUCCCACCUUGCCCAUGAGCAUGCCCAACUUGAAGCGACUCUCUCUUCACGAAUGCAGCACUAUCCCGGCGCCAAUGUUUGACUUCCUGCUACCGCGAUUGAUCAACCUGACUCACCUUGAUCUGACCCACACUCAAAUCAACGAUUCUGCUCUCUUCGCCAUCCCCGAAACCGCCUGUAUCAGUCACCUGAGUCUGUCUCGCUGCACUCGCCUUCACCCACCUGCUCUGAUCAAGUUUUUGACCACUCACCCGGCGGUUUGUAACUCCUUGGAAUUCCUGAACCUCUUGACAGAUGCCACUCGAUUCCGUCUCUUGGAAGAAGAUGAUGUCACGGCACUGCUGCCCAAGCUGCCUAACACCCUUCGCUCUUUGAACCUGGGUGGAGCGCGGAUCACUUCGGAACACGUCCCGCUCUUGGUCCCUCUGACCAAGCACCUCGAGGAGCUGGGCUUGAGCUCCGCAGAGCUUUCAGUGCAGGAUGUGAACACCUUUUUCACCAAAACGAAGGAGGAUGUGAUCCCCAGCUCUCUGUGUUACAUCGAUCUUGCCAAGGUGACGCAGAUGACGAUCGGUUCCAUCUUCAACAUGAGCUCGUGCCUCCUGCUGUCCGAGCAGAGCUACCCCCUCCAGGUUGUCGAGUUUAGUGACAAGAUUAUUACCCCACUCCGUGAGCGUGGCAAGACCCAACGUGCUUCCGUAGGAUGGACCGUGCGGGAACUUGGUCGCCGCGGCUGGUACGUUCGGGACCCUACUUCCGUGCCCAACUGCCCAAUCGACGAUGGAUCUCGUUCUUGGAAGAUGGGUGCCCGCUGGUGGGGCAUGCGCAAGAUCCCCAUGGCUGUCGGUGAUGUCGGUGGCAUUUACGGACACUACAUGUUCAAGAAAUGA